UCUAUCGCCCUUUCCGCUUGAUUAUCUCGUUAUUAUUACCCUUCUGUCCAUCACAGCACAUUAAAACCCACAGUUCCAAUUCCAAGCUUCGAGUCUUACCUUGCCCUCACCACUCCUUUUCCAAACAGUCGGCGCCCAUUCAUUCUCUCGCCUUACACUCAUACAGUCUUUCUAUUCCUGCCUCGAGCUCUGCCAUCAACAAUGAAGUUCCACCUCACCGCCCUCCUCAUUGUGGCCGUCAGCGUCCUCACCUCGGCGAAACCCCACAAGGCGCCCCUUCUCGGCCCCUCGGGCCCCCCGCUUGGCAGCACCGCCCGCUGCUCGCUUGAACGCUGGCCUGCCGCGGGCCCGAUUACUGUCACCAACAGCUACAUCGUCCACGCCGUCGUCGACGAGAACGUCGCCCGCAUUUGCUCCCGCCUCUGGCACAAUCUCAGCCGCUUCGCCUCGUGCGGCGCCAUCACGAAGCCGUGGUGCGAUGACCACAGCCGAGACGACAGGGUGAAGGUCCUCAACUGGGGCUUCACACUCACGUCGCUUUGCGACGAGGGCGCCAUCUCAUCGGCCUGGUUCGAGGCGACCAGGAAUCGGUACGGCAAGAUCAAAUGCUGAGGCCCAGCAGUUUAACAAUCGUCAGCAUUGAUCGCGAUUGCCCAGAACACACAGUUUUGUUGUCGUAACGGGUGCCUGAACUGUAUUACAGGGGAAGAAUAUAUUGUCUAUAGUGCUAGAGAAUUGGUGACGGGGGAG